AUUCAGCCAAUCAGAACGCGCGGCCAUCUGCCGGUAUGCAAAUAAACCCCCGAAACAACCAAUGGGCGCCGCGCGCGGGCGGAGGAAGCCCCGCCCCUCUCGCUCCCCGCGGGGCGGAAGCGGCGCCAGAAAAAAAAAGGAAAAAGGCGGAAAAAGGCAAAAAAAAAAGCGGCGGCGGCUGAAAAUGGCGGAAAAUUUAAAAGGCUGCUCCGUGUGCUGCCUGUCGUCGUGGUCGCGACUGCAGGACCUGUGUCGGCUGCAGCGCUUGCGGUGCCGCGCCCUCGGCGUCACCCGCCGCAACCUCGGCGACUUCGAGGUGGAGCUGCUGUGCGACUACCGGAGAGUGAGGGACGAGGAGUGGUACCUGGUGAAAUGGCGCGGUUACCCUCCCUCCGCCAACACCUGGGAGCCUCGCCGCAACCUCCGCUGCCGCGGCCUCCUCCAGCAGCUCCACGCCGACCUCGCCCGCGCCCCGGGCGGCCCCGUCCGCCCCAGCCCCCGCGGCUUACCCGCCCGAGCCGUGGCUUACCUGGCCCAAAAAGCCGAACAACGCCGCGCCCUGCGCAGGUGGGAGCAACACCUGAACCUCACCCGCAGCCACAGCGGCCGCAUCGCCGUGGAGAACGAGGUGGAUCUGCACGGCCCUCCCCGCGACUUCGUCUACGUCAACGAGUACAAGGUGGGCGCGGGCGUGGCGCUGACCCCCGUGGCCGCCGGCUGCGAGUGCCGCGAUUGCCUGGCCGAGGCCACGCUGGCCGGGGGUUGUUGCCCCGGAGCGUCGCACAACAGGUUCGCCUACAACGAGGCCGGGCAGGUGAGGAUCAGGGCGGGGCUGCUCUACGAGUGCAACUCGCGGUGCCGCUGCGGGGAGGAGUGUCCCAACCGCGUGGUGCAGCGCGGCAUCCGCUACGACCUGUGCAUCUUCCGCACCGGGGACGGGCGCGGCUGGGGAGUGCGCACGCUGCAGCGCAUCCGCAAGAACUCCUUCGUCAUGGAGUACGUGGGGGAGAUCAUCACCUCGGAGGAGGCCGAGCGCCGGGGCCAGGUGUACGACCGCCAGGGCGCCACUUACCUGUUCGACCUGGACUACGUGGAGGACGUGUACACCGUGGACGCCGCGCACUACGGCAACAUCUCGCACUUCGUCAACCACAGCUGUGACCCCAACCUGCAGGUGUACAACGUGUUCAUCGAGAACCUGGACCAGCGGCUGCCCCGCAUCGCCCUGUUCGCCACCAGACCCAUCCGGGCCGGCGAGGAGCUCACCUUCGACUACAACAUGCACGUGGACCCCGUGGACGCCGAGAGCUCACGCAUGGACUCCAACUUCGGCCUGGUGGGGGGGGCUCACCUGGGCGGCUCCCCCCGCGCCCGGCCCCGCAUCGAGUGCAAGUGCGGGGCGGCCUCGUGCCGCAAGUUCCUCUUCUGACGCACCUGGGGCACCUGGGAACACCUGGGAGUGCCUGGAGAACAGCUGGCCCCACCCAUGGUGCACCUGGAGAACACCUGGAGAACAGCUGGGAGUGCCUGGAGAACAGCUGGCCCCACCCAUGGAACACCUGGAGAACACCUGGCUCUGCCCAUGGCGCACCUGGGAGCACCUGGAGAACAGCUGGCCCCACCUGCAGAACACCUGGCUCAGCCCACAGUGCACCUGGAAACACCUGGACCAUGUGUCUGCUGUUCUGGAACACCUGGGAACACCUGGCCAUGCUCAUGGAGCACCUGGAGAACACCUGGCCACACCCACAGUGCACCUGGGAACACCUGGGCUGUGUGUCUGCUGUUCUGGAACACCUGGGGAACACCUGGAGAACACCUGGCCCUGCCCAUGGUGCACCUGGGAACACCUGGAGAGCACCUGGGAGUGCCUGGAGAACAGCUGGCCCCACCUGGGAACACCUGGAGAACACCUGGGAACACCUGACCCCACCCAUGGUGCACCUGGAGAACACCUGGGAGUGCCUGGGAACACCUGGCCCUGCCCAUGGAGCACCUGGAGAAAC